AUGAAGGUCGAUAUUGAUGGCUUGGAAGUAGUAUUCCCGUAUGACCGCAUGUACUCGGAACAAUUACAAUAUAUGCGUGAAUUAAAACGUGCUCUUGAUGCUCAGGGACAUUGUAUGUUGGAAAUGCCAACGGGUACAGGUAAAACUGUAUCUCUACUUUCCCUUGUACUUGCUUAUAAAUAUGCCCAUCCAACGGCUGGUAAAUUGGUGUAUUGUACACGAACAGUCCCUGAAAUGGCAAAAUGUGUGGAAGAGAUUAAGCGACUUAUGACAUGUCGCAUACAAGUAUACGGUACCAAGGCACAAAUCACAGCCGUUUGUCUCAGCUCACGACGUAAUAUGUGUGUCCACCCAAAAGUAGUGGCCCAUGCUGAUGGGGAAGAUGUUGAUAGUCAAUGUCGAAAGAUGACGGCAUCAUGGGUUAGGGCAAAAGCAGCUGCUUCAACUAGUUGGAACGUCCAUGACGUUAUCAGACCUCCGGACGAGAGUUUACAAUCGAUUGAAACCUGUUCAUUCUUUGAAGAUUACGAAUCAAGAAAAAGUGAUGAUACAAUCUUACCACCUGGUGUUUAUGCUGUAGAUGAUCUGAAGGAAUUAGGGACUCAAAAAGGCUGGUGUCCGUACUUUCUGACAAGAUACGUUGUUACCUAUGCGGAUGUUGUCGUCUACAAUUAUCAGUACAUGUUGGAUCCAAAAGUGAGUCAAUUAAUCUCGAGGAAUUUUGAGAAAGAAAGCAUUAUUGUCUUUGAUGAAGCACAUAAUAUUGAUAAUGUGUGUAUUGAAGCAUUGAGUGUUGACUUGGAUCGACGAGGACUUGAUCGAGCAUCGAGAAAUCUAACGGCAUUGUCUAGUCAAGUGAAUAAACUCAAGCAAGCGGACAAAUCUCGACUUGAUGCGGAAUAUCGACGAUUGGUCGAAGGUCUUCGUUCAAGCAGUGCAGUCGUGACACCCACGUAUACGGAUCCGGCCACGCACCGACCAAUUGAUACGAGUCAUGAUAUCAUGCUUGCAAAUCCAGUAUUGCCAGAUGAUGUACUGGAUGAAGCCAUUCCGGGGAAUAUUCGACGGGCAGAGCACUUUGUAGCAUUCAUGCGUCGACUGAUUGAGUAUUUACUCCAACGAAUUCGAGUACGACAAGUGGAAUCUGAGACGCCUCAGGCUUUCCUUCAUCACUUGCACCAGGCUAUUAGUGUCGAAAUCAAGCCUAUGAAGUUUUGCUACACGCGGCUUAACUCAUUGUUGCGCACAUUGGAAGUGACGAAUUUGGAGGAGUAUAAUUCUUUGAUUCACGUAGCAGACUUUGCAACUUUAGUGGCAACAUACGCAGAAGGGUUUAUGCUGAUCAUUGAGCCAUUUGAUGGUGCAUCAGGCGUCCACGAUCCGGUGCUGCAACUUUCGUGUUUGGAUGCAUCGCUGGCGAUACGGCCGGUGUUUGAGCGUUUCUCCAGCGUCAUUAUCACAUCUGGCACGCUGUCUCCAAUUGAUUUGUAUCCUCGCCUGCUAAAUUUUAACCCUGUGAUUCGAGAAUCGCUGCCCAUGUCAGUGUAUCGCUCAAGUAUUUGUCCGUUGGUGAUUACGCGUGGUAGUGAUCAGAUGCCUGUGAGUACCAAGUUUGACCUACGUGACGAUCUCUCUGUCGUUCGCAAUUAUGGAACACUUUUGCUCGAAAUGGCCGCUUGCACACCUGAUGGUAUGGUAUGUUUUUUUCCAUCUUAUUUAUACAUGGAAAAAAUUAUUGGUCAGUGGGAUUCACUUGGCGUGCUGAAACGCGUUCUAUCAAGCAAGCUAUUGUUUAUUGAGACAAAAGAUAUUGUCGAGACGACGUUAGCUCUGGAUAAUUACAAAAAGGCCUGUGAUUGUGGACGAGGUGCUAUCUUUUUUUCAGUUGCACGUGGUAAAGUAGCCGAAGGAAUUGAUUUUGACCGUCACUAUGGACGUGCCGUGCUUCUUUUUGGUAUCCCGUUUCAAUACACGCUGUCAAAUACGUUGCGUGCACGGCUCGAGUAUCUUCGAUAUACUCAUCAGAUUCGUGAAGGUGAUUUUCUUACGUUUGAUGCAUUGCGUCAAGCUGCUCAAUGUGCUGGUCGAGUCCUUCGUAGCAAAACUGAUUAUGGUCUUGUCAUUUUUGCUGACUCACGAUACAAUCGAGCUGACAAGCGAACGAAAUUACCGCCGUGGAUUACACAAUUCCUCGUGGAUUCACAUUUGAAUUUAUCAGUGGAUAUGGCGGUUUUUAUGGCCAAGAAAUAUUUGUCGUUAAUGGCACAACCAGUCAAUGAAUCUGUGAACGUCAACUCGAUCUUGCUUGAUGCUGAUGGGGUUGCAAAGUGGCUUGGUAAACAUCCAAAAGAUGACGAAUCAAUGCAGCCGUAA